AUGAUCGGUGCUGGAGAUGGUGAGAUGGGGGGAAAGCCGGAUGGUCUGCCGAUACCUAAUCGGUCUUGGGCUACUGUUGUUAAGCCGAGAGAGAAGGCAUCUGUGGAACAACCAACAAGCAUCAACCAGAGGGAAAACCUUGAGAAGCUGAAGAAGUCAGUCAACGACGUCGUGAUGGUGGAAAAGGCGAUGAGGACCCGUGCUACUAACAGGAUGGCGAACUCUCUGUUCGGUAAAUUUCUUGGGAAGGCCCCCCCGCUUGAAGUGGUCAGGAAAUCCCUAACGGAGAUAUGGAGAGGCAUGGGUCCAUUCUCGGUCUCUGACAUGUCCAAUGGUUUCUAUCUCAUUCACUGCGAGAAGCCAGAGAUGGUGGAAUCACUGAUGUGGGAAGGACCGUGGACAAUCAGUGGCAUGGUUCUACAACUGACGCCGUGGAAGGAUCACUUCCAGCCGACGUUCGAGAAGCUUGAUCUGGCGGCGGUAUGGGUCCAGCUACACCAUCUUCCGAUCGAGUAUUGGAGUGGUGAGGUGUUGGAACUUAUCGGGGACAGCUUCGGGCGCCUGCUGAAAGUCGACGAACACACGGAGAAGCUAACCAGAACCAAAUUUGCAAGGAUUUGUGUCGAAAUCGAUUUAUCCAAGCCUCUAAAGCGGGGGUUCUGGAUUGGGGAUGAAGAAAACCGGUGCAUGGUGGCAAUUUUCUAUGAAGAUUGCCGGUGUUUUGCUUUAAUUGUGGUCUAG